UUUAUUUAAAAAUGGGAAAUUUGUGUCUUAGAAAAAAAAAGUAAUCCUAGUAGCCCUAAGUAUCUAAAUUUAUUAACAAAGUACAACAUUGCGGAUGAAAAUCACAUCACAUACACCCCAGCCACAUUUGAUGAAUUGGAUAAAAAAAUUAAAGUUGAAUCAUAAGGUAUAUACAAUAAACAUAUUUUAGAUGACAACAGUUCUGGUAUCUUUAUAAUUUAUUGUUAGAAGCUUUGAUUUUAAAUAUAGAUAGUAAACCAGAGUAAUUAAUAAAGGAACAGAAUUAAACUUCAAUUCAAAUUCUUAAUUAAUUUGAUAAGGAUGCUGAAAAGCUUCAAAAAUAAGGUGAAUUAGCUAAAGCAAAACUGCAAGAAAUGAAAAAGCAGGUUAAAAAAAUAAAUAUAAUUAGUAAAAUAAUGAUGCUAUUGUGAAGUUUGAAUAGCAAUCAUUAAAUUAAAAUCUAUUAUGCAAUUAGGAGGACAAUUAGCAACAAUAAGUGCACAUUAAAGUAAAUUAGGAAUAUGUUAAUAUGUAAACUGAAGAAGAAAGGAUUAAAUAAGAAUAAGAAGCCGAUAAUUUAAGAUAAUAACAAGUUGAAGAAAAUAGAAUAAGAUAGGAAUAAGAAGCAGAAAAAUUAAGAUAAUUACAAAUUUAAGAAAAAAGAAUUAAAUAAGAAUAAGAUGCUGAAAAAAUAAGAUUAUAAUAAAUAGAAUAAGAAAAAAUUAGGUAAGAAUAGGAAGCUGAAAAAUUAAGAUUAUAAUAAAUAGAAUAAGAAAAAAUUAGGUAAGAAUAGGAAGCUGAAAAAUUAAGAUAAUAAUAAAUGGAAGAAAAAAGAAUUAGAUAAAAAUAAGAAGCUGAAAAAAUAAGAUUAUAAUAAAUUGAAGAAGAAAGAAUAAGAUAAAAAUAAGAAGCUGAAACAUUAAGAUUAUAAUAAAUAGAAUAAGAAAAAAUUAGGUAAGAAUAAGAAGCUGAAAAAAUAAGAUUAUAAUAAAUUGAAGAAGAAAGAAUAAGAUAAGAAUAAGAAGCUGAAAAAUUAAGAUUGUAAUAAAUUGAAGAAGAAAGAAUUAGAUAAGAAUAAGAAGCUGAAAAAAUAAGAUUAUAAUAAAUUGAAGAAGAAAGAAUUAGAUAAGAAUAAGAAGCUGAAAAAAUAAGAUUAUAAUAAAUUGAAGAAGAAAGAAUUAGAUAAGAAUAAGAAGCUGAAAAAUUAAGAUUGUAAUAAAUUGAAGAAGAAAGAAUUAGAUAAGAAUAAGAAGCUGAAAAAAUAAGAUUAUAAUAAAUUGAAGAAGAAAGAAUUAGAUAAGAAUAAGAAGCUGAAAAAUUAAGAUUGUAAUAAAUUGAAGAAGAAAGAAUUAGAUAAGAAUAAGAAGCUGAAAAAAUAAGAUUAUAAUAAAUUGAAGAAGAAAGAAUUAGAUAAGAAUAAGAAGCUGAAAAAUUAAGAUUGUAAUAAAUUGAAGAAGAAAGAAUUAGAUAAGAAUAAGAAGCUGAAAAAAUAAGAUUAUAAUAAAUUGAAGAAGAAAGAAUUAGAUAAGAAUAAGAAGCUGAAAAAUUAAGAUUGUAAUAAAUUGAAGAAGAAAGAAUUAGAUAAGAAUAAGAAGCUGAAAAAAUAAGAUUAUAAUAAAUUGAAGAAGAAAGAAUUAGAUAAGAAUAAGAAGCUGAAAAAUUAAGAUUGUAAUAAAUUGAAGAAGAAAGAAUUAGAUAAGAAUAAGAAGCUGAAAAAAUAAGAUUAUAAUAAAUUGAAGAAGAAAGAAUUAGAUAAGAAUAAGAAGCUGAAAAAUUAAGAUUGUAAUAAAUUGAAGAAGAAAGAAUUAGAUAAGAAUAAGAAGCUGAAAAAUUAAGAUUGUAAUAAAUUGAAGAAGAAAGAAUUCGAUAAGAAUAAGAAGCUGAAAAAUUAAGAUUGUAAUAAAUUGAAGAAGAAAGCAUUAGAUAAGAAUAAGAAGCUGAAACAUUAAGAUUAUAAUAGAUAGAUGAAGAGACAAUUAAAUAAGAAUAAGAAGUAGAAAAAUAAACAUCUGAUUCAUAAUUUAAUUUAUAAUAAUAGGAUACUAAUAAUAAUUAACAAUAGAUUGAAAAUUUGAAUUUUAAAUUUAUAUGGUAGACUCAUAUUAAUUUAUCAUAGGACUUAAGGAGGAAAUAACAUAUUCAUAACCGGCAGUUGGUUAAAUUGGACAGAAAAAAUAUAACUAGAAUAGAUAGAUGAUAGGUAAAUUUUCAUUAUUAAAAGAUUCGAAAUUGAAAUAGAGAUACCUAAAGGGGCUCAUGAGUUCAAAUUUAUUGUAGACGAUGAAUGGAAACUUAGCGAUUAAUAUGAAUAUAAUGGUUAAAAUAAUUUGAUCAAUAUUUGA